AUGUUUGGAAGCUAUGAGCAGCUACUAUAAAUGAUGUUUGAAUGGGAUGGAGAACCAAUUUAAUAUUUGCUGACUUUCUUCAAUUAUCCAUAAAAUGACACAUCAUGUGGUUAUUUUGAAAAAAUGAUCAGACCUCUAAUUUUAUUAAAAUCAAAUGAAAUAAAGCCCUUUUUGGAUAUUUCUAAAUGGAUUUAAUUUAUUGAUUAAGAAUCGAUACAAAAUGUAUUCUAAACAAUAUUUGCAUGCAAUAAUUUAGAUGAGAAUUACAAGCAAGAUCUAUUGGGGAUGCUUUUAAAUUAAAACAAUAUCAGUGAGAAUGUGUUUCGAAUAAUAAUUAAAUACACAGAUUUAUUGCAACAAUACUUGAAUUAACAUUAGGAAAUUGUUGGUGUAAUUUGUAAUCAAUCUCCCCCUACUUAUCAUCAAUUAUGCACUAUUGAAUUAUUUAUGGGAUGGAACAUACUAAAUUUAGAAUGGCUUUAUAAUUAAAUUACUUAUUUGGAUUAAUUAGUCCAUAGAAAUUUUGAUAUUAGUAAUUCAACAAUGAAUUUCCUAUAUAAACCAUAAGGACUCUCAGAAAUUGAUUUAAAAAUCAUUCACAUACUAUCCUAAACUGUGACUAGACCAGAGACUAUUAAAUUUUAGAAUGUGCUGUUAAGUUUGUUAAUAAAAUAUGAAUGGAACAAUAAUUUAUAGAACAUUGCUGUAAAUAUGUACGAUUCCAUGUCUUAAGAGGAAACACCUCAUAAAUAAUAUUUUCAAUCCAUAAUUAUGGAUUUUAUCACAAAUAAUGUGAGUUUCGAUAAAUGUGAAUUUGGGUUGAAAAGAAAAGUGGAAAGAGGUUAUAGAUGGGUUUUUACUAGAAUUGUCAAAUACUUCUCAUUAAACUUCUUAUAGGCUUAAGAUAUAAAUGCUUUAGAGGGAAGAUUCUUAUUGAAUGAAGACCCUUCUAAUAAUAGAGAGAAACAAUCUCUAUAUAUUCUAGAGAAGGUGUCUGAAAGAAGGACUUAAUGGGCGAAGAGAAUCUAGGAGGAAGAACUCUAAAAGUAAGAGGAGAAAGAACAAACUCAAAUGGAAGUAGAAGAAGAGAAUAACGACAAUGAUUAAUUUUUCAAAUCAAGAAAUAGUUUUGGCAUAAAACCAAAUAAUAAUGAGGAAGAAGUGGAAGAUGAAAUUCCAAUAAGAGGAAGGUCCAGUUGCCAAUUCAAAUAAGAUGAUUUAGAUUGA